UGCAAUCCAUUUUAAGGAUCACGUUCAGCGUGUUGACGCUUCGGUGAGGUGUGUUGUAAAUUUAUUUACAAUGUCUGCUACCCUGAGACCUUACCUUACUGCCGUCAGGCACACAUUAAAUGCUGCAAUGUGUUUGGAAAAUUUUUCAUCACAAGUCGUAGAAAGGCAUAACAAGCCGGAAGUAGAAGUAAGGAGUGGAAAAGAGUUACUGCUUACACCUGUGGUCAUAAGCCGUAACGAAAAGGAGAAAGUCUUAAUUGAAGGCUCAAUAAAUUCUUUACGAAUCAGUAUUGCAAUUAAACAGGCUGAUGAAAUUGAAAAGAUUCUGUGUCAUAAGUUUAUGAGGUUCAUGAUGAUGCGAGCUGAAAACUUUAUUGUUCUUCGAAGAAAACCUAUUGAGGGUUAUGACAUUUCAUUUCUUAUAACAAACUUCCAUACUGAACAAAUGUAUAAACAUAAAUUAGUGGAUUUUGUCAUCCAUUUCAUGGAAGAAAUAGAUAAAGAAAUUAGUGAAAUGAAAUUAGCUUUGAAUGCAAGGGCUCGAAUUUGUGCUGAAGAGUUUCUAAAAAGAUUUUGAUGUUACUGGUGCAACUCAUUCUUCACAAGCUUUAUUAUCAUUAAUUCCAACUAUUUUGAAGCAUUAGUUGAUUGGACCAAAAUGACAUCAUUUUCUACCCUUUGAAUUUAAAUUAUAAGUACUUUAUAUGAUGGAUUUUAAAAGUAGGUUAUACGUUCUCAAACCUCUUGCUUGAUUGCCUAAUGAAAGAAAAUUCAAGUGCCAAACUGUUGGCUUUGUAUUUUAAAUUCUGAUGCGUAAUUGGUGUUAAAUAUUCAAUUGUUUUUUUUAAUUUUAUGACUUUUUUAUGGUUAUCUUACUUAAG